CAAGGCUAUGAACGAGUGGGAGGAGCGAUGUUGGCGAUGUUCCUUCGCCUGUGCCCGCUGCUGGCGUUGCUUCUUGUCGUCGCGCUGGCAGAACCCGGCGGGUCGCCGGGGUCGUGCGUCGCCGGGGUGCCGGGGAUCCCAGGGCAACACGGCGCUCCGGGAAGGGACGGCCGGGAUGGAGAGAAAGGGGUAACUGGAUCCAAAGGCGAGCCCGGAGUUCAUGGAAGCAAAGGAGAAGCUGGCGAACGAGGUGCCCCGGGUAAAUUCGGUCCCAGCGGCGGAGCCGGCCCCAUCGGCCCUCCGGGACCACGCGGAUCGAAGGGCGACGAGGGCGGGAGCCCCGCGGUGCCCAAGUCGGCCUUCACGGCCAAAAUCUCCUCCUCCAAUCCCCCCGCGGGCUCGCCCAUCAAGUUCGACGUCGUAAUCAGCAACGACCAGAGCCACUACGAUCCCCUGAGCGGGAAGUUCACCUGCGUUCACCCGGGCCUCUACUACUUCGUGAUGCACGCGCACGUCUAUAAACACGUUCUGUGUGUGGCGCUCAUCAAGAAUGGCAACAGAGUCGUUUCCUUUUGCAGUGACAACAUAGAGAACAAAUAUGCCAAUGCCAUUAGUGGGGGGUCGGUGCUCAGCCUUAAGGCGGGUGACCAUGUCUGGCUUCAGGUGGUCGAUGCUUACAAUGGAAUGUUUGCUCAACCCGGCUAUCGCGACAACUCGUUCACGGGAUUCCUUUUGUUCCCCGAUUUAUAUGUUCGUUGCUUAGCACCUGCACACCACCAAACAUUCGUGUUGCUACCAACACAAUUUGUGUUUCCAUCGACACGAUAUGUGGUGCUUUGGGGAGAGUAUAUAAAUCCAAAGGUCCUUCAUAAGAGCUAUCACAAUUUAAAGGGGAACCACUCAAGAAAAAAAUUUUCAGUUCUGCAUAUACUUCCAAGACCUCGGCGGGCCCCAGAGAUUUUGUCCAACCUCUACAUUUUCAUCUUGAAAGAUCGAGUGGGAGGAGCGAUGUUGGCGAUGUUCCUCCGCCUGUGCCCGCUGCUGGCGUCGCUUCUUGUCGUCGCGCUGGCAGAACCCGGCGGGUCGCGCACCCCGGAGCUGCCGGGGUCGUGCGUCGCCGGGGUGCCGGGGAUCCCAGGGCACCAUGGGGCUCCCGGCAGGGACGGCCGGGACGGAGAGAAAGGGGUAACUGGAUCCAAAGGCGAGCCCGGAGUUCAUGGAAGCAAAGGAGAAGCUGGCGAACGAGGUGCCCCGGGUAAAUUCGGUCCCAGCGGCGGAGCGGGCCCCAUCGGCCCUCCGGGUCCACGCGGAUCGAAGGGCGACGAGGGUGGGAGCCCCGCGGUGCCCAAGUCGGCCUUCACUGCCAAGAUCUCCUCCUCCAAUCCCCCCGCGGGCUCGCCCAUUAAGUUCGACGUCGUCAUCAGCAACGAUCAGAGCCACUACGAUCCCCUGAGCGGGAAGUUCACCUGCGUUCACCCGGGCCUCUACUACUUCGUGAUGCACGCGCACGUCUAUAAACAUGAUCUGUGCGUGGCGCUCAUCAAGGAUGGCAACAAAGUCGUUUCCUUUUGCAGUAACAACAUAGAGAACAAAUAUGCCAAUGCCAUUAGUGGGGGGUCGGUGCUCAGCCUUAAGGCGGGUGACCAUGUCUGGCUUCAGGUGGUCGAUGCUUACAAUGGAAUGUUUGCUCAACCUGGCUAUCGCGACAGCUCGUUCACGGGAUUCCUUUUGUUCCCCGAUUAAAAUCAAGAGCGUCAACCGCUUCCACAUCAGAGCAGGAGACAAAAAAGCACCGGGUGGUUUUGUUUAAACAUAUCUAUAUAUAACCUGUUAGACUAACAAAAAAUCCCACUUCAAGUAGCGGAACACAUUUGAUGACGCUUUAAUGUUGACGAGUGUGCGAAGGCUCUUUUGUAACGUGCUAGUGGGUUU